GCACCACUGACAGAUCCAACAUAAAGUAAACAAUAUCUUGACGCGCAGCAAAACAUAUUCAACUCUCUCUCAAAGAGACGAUCGACCAUAAUUUUCUGCUCGAGAAACUAUUGGUAACUCCUUGAAGGAUUGCUUGUUUCUCGACGCGCUGAAGCUGCUUAUGGCGGGCAUUGAAACAUGGCGACGGUGAAGUCCCUGGGGUUGCACCAGCCCUCAGGGCUUCAACAUGCCAUCAACGAACAAUUAUUACCGCCGAAUCCACCGUCAACGUCGUAUACAUGGGAUAUUUCAACAGAGGAUCGAUUCGAUGGGGAUCUCGAAGAUGAAAUCCUUUCGACGGAACACUGCGUCAUAUGGUGUCGAGGUGGAAUAUUUCAAAAGACCUUCAGAUUCGAACUCGAAAAAGAACCUGUUAUACAGGCUCUCCUAGCAUACUUCCCGGCUUCCAAAGACGACAAAUCUACACAAGAGGAAGAGGCACAAUCGGAUCAGCGACCGGCUUUGUCUAAAGCGUUGGUUGUCUUCCUCAAGACCCAGGCGCACAUAUAUUUCCUCUCUGGCACCAGUCAUAUUGUCCACAUGCCAUUCGAAGUUGAAACCGCAUUCGCAGGCCCAGUAGGAGUCAUCAUUCAACGAAAGCAAAAAGCUGAAAGUGUUGCGCCAAUCUCCCUCAAGUUCCCCCGAGUGCCGCCGAAUUCCUUCGUCUCUUCGCAGUUGACAGCAUUCAAUAGCUCUCAACUGACCGCGUUUUCUGUGGAAGGUCUUGGAAAACCGAAAGCACUCCCACUUCGUCUGAGCUCAACUUUAGAUAACCUUUGGGAAGCUCCGCUGGAACAACCCGAGUCCCGUUGGCCACGCCUUGUUUCAUUGACUGACCCGCUGUUGGAGUUGGGACUGGUCGUCACAAACCAGGAGGCACAAAAUGGCAAAAGCUUAAGGCAGACAGCAGCUAAGAAGCUGGCAUUUCUCGAUUCAGCUGAAGAAGUUCUCCAUGUGGAAGAGAUCAAAAUCCCUGGCGCCUUGACACAAGAUUUAAGUCAACCUCUGAUCAUUGCGGUGACAAUCAACCGCGAAACUAGUGAAUACACUGUCUGGCGCCUCACGUACCUGCAGCAUGAAGACCGUUUUCUUGCUCGGCAGAAAGAUGCUAAAUCAAAGACUGCCCGGCGUCGUAGCUCCAUGCCUCCUGCCUUUGCUAGUACUCCUGGCACACCUGUCCAGCCCAACUUGCGAGAAAGCUUUGGAGCACCUCUUCCAGGAAAGCGGCCGAGAAAGAGUGAGAGGCUUGAAAAGCCCAUGAUUGACCUUGUCUCAUCCUUAGAACAACAAGACAAGGAAGGCAGUGGUGUUGCGCGGAGGAGCUCUCGUAGGGUCAGCUCCAUGUUAGCGAGAGCUGACUUGUCUGCGUCGCAUGAAAGAGCCAUAUUACCAGAUCAGCCGCUACUAUCUAGUCAUGUUGGAGCUAGGAGGCAUGAAUCACAAGGAAGCCAUGCACGCCUUAGUGCCAACUAUGCCCAUCAGAUUCAUCCUAGUCUGAGCAGUCUGUUAGCGGCACCUUUCUAUGAAGGCCUUGACGAAGGGUUUCACAACAUGGGUCUAGAUGAUCAUGAGUUUGAUGGGCUACAGCAUGAAAUCCUGUUUACUAAACUUCACAGCGUACCUAUGAAUAACUCCAAUGUUCGAUACUCGGAUCAGCCAGCCCGCACCCAAACCAAGGUCUUUAUCUUGGUGGCCCCUCCGUUUGCCAUCGAUGGGCAUGACCAAAGUCAACUUCUUAUUGGUAUUCAGGAUGCUACCGAGAGACGUCUUCAACUUCUCACAUUGGAGCUGGGCAUUCAGCGUGGGACUAAUAUGGGCGCCAAGCCAGGGAAGAAGAACAUACCUGACGGUACAACCGUCGUAGCCACUGUUGUUGACAGACGACAUGCUCAAAAUGUCGUUGACUCUUGCAAGCUAAUGGACGGUGACCAUUCUGCGAUUCUAAUCCUGUCGGAAUCAAUGGAUGGCCGGCACGAACUAAGUACUCAGGCCCCGUGGAGUGUCCUUACUAAAAUAUCGCUUUCACUUCUCUUCGUCGAUAAUACUAGAAGUUUGCAAUAUCGUGGCAGAGUUGUGGACCGCGAUGUUACACAGAGAAAGUCCGAGGUUAUUGACUUCAGUAAUGGCAGCAUUGUUGGUGUACGGCAUCCUCGACAAGGUGGCAUUGUUGAUGUUGUCGAUGCUGAAGGUCGGCUUCAUGAGCUCCGUAUUCAGCUCGAGCCGAGGUCACCUCACGUUCGAAGAGUCCUAGACGUUUGUCGUAGCAUUCUGCCUCAUGCACUUGGUGAACACAUCUUCGCUGGCUGGCUUCACUGUAUGCAAUGGAUAGGAGGCCAUGACGAGACAAGUACUGACAUUGAAUGGUCUGCGAUGACCAUCCUCCUUUUAUCUUUGUUUCUGAGUCUCGGCCGGACUGACACAAAGCCUUUCCCGAAAACUCGACAACUUCCUCGCAGAAGGAGGCACCCUUCGGGCUCUUUUGGCUCGAUCAAAGAAUCGGAGGACUGGGGAUCCUUGGAAAAAGCCGAGACUUCAAAUUCGUUAGGGUGUCCAACGUGGAUGAUGAACGGAGGUUGGCAGUGGGCGCUGGAUGAAGAUGGGGAUGAUUCUGGGGACGAAAACCUAUCUACCACUUUCAUUUCGAAACAUAUAUCUAUGGCCAAAGAGUACAUGGUCUCUAUACUAGGCGAAACGGCAUUCGGAGCCGCUGGUUAUAUGCCAACCGCAGUUGGCAAAAGCAUGGAGAGCCGCCGCAAGGUUGCUGUUGAUGUGUUUAUGGGUUUGCACCUACUUCUCGAGGAAGAAAAGCUUGAUAUCAUGACGCCAGAAUUCAUAUCUCCUGGCCGUGCUGAUCUCCGAGUCAUUAUGUGUCAAAUAGCUCGAUGGCUCAAGUGGCCCAGCUUUAUUGCUAUAUACGAGGCGGGCAUACAAGAAGACGUCGAUCAACGUCAUGAUUCUGGUAUAUUCGUGAAUCGUCUUUGUGAUGCAAAGCUAACCAUUGGAUCAGAUCUCAACCUGAGGCCUGCAAUCCCUCAGCCACCUGUACGGCCAGACGUCGUCAACUGGAUUCAAUCACGACUUACUGGAGAACGGAGGGUUCCUUACAUCACCCCAGCGGAUGUUUAUUAUGCUGGCUCCCAAUUGUCCGAAGCGGAAAAGUCGCAGGACAGGCGAUGGGAGUCUAUUCUCCCUAGAACGCUUAUGUUCAAGCAAUUUUUCAAAUUUAUGAAACCAAGCACGAGUGCAGUACAGAUGGUGGAAGCUAUGAGGGAUGCCGGUAUUACACCUUUAAUUCUUGAUACCCUCCCGGAGGCUAUUCUUGCACCUUUACGUGAUGCCAUUUCAUUGUGCCAACCGCACCCACCGACCUCCUGGUCCAAGGAUCUCCUCGAAUUGGUUGACCGCCGGGAUAUCAGUCUCAUUCUCGCCCCUGGGAAGCAACCUAAGCCAAGCGCUUCCAAGAUUCUAACACCGACACACAAUGCAACUUGGGACUACAAACUGCUUUGCCAGAGUGUCAAUGAAUCAAACAAUAUCGGAUACGAUGAAGGUGAAGGAACGGAACGUCAAGCCAUUAUUCGCUCCUUGUUCAAAGAAGAUCGCCGCCUCAACGAAGCUCAAGAUUUACUUUCCACCCACAAGGCAAGACUAGUUCGACUUGAUCCCCAUCCAGGCUGGCCAGAGAGCGAAUAUCUUGAGAAGCAAAAGGAGCUCGUAACAAGAAUUGCAACAGGCACUUUGGCAAUUCCUGCAGGUCGGGCUUUGCUGUACUACAGUCUUCGCUACCCUCUGAUCACGCAGAAAUUUCAUAUUGGUGGCUUUAACCUCAAUUGCAUUGUAAAACCAACAAAUACCACGGUGGGUGUGGACAAAUCACAGUUCUCAGAAGAGAAGGUUUGCUGGGGCUUCUUUCACCAGGGUGUCGCAGCUGGGUUAGCCAUUUCUCCCCAGGCUCAAGGUAUCGACACAUCAUGGAUUCUUUACAACAAACCUGACCAAGAUCUCAACAAUCGACAUGCUGGUUUCCUACUUGCCCUUGGCCUGAACGGCCAUCUGAAAGACGUAGCAAAAUGGGUUGCGUUCAAAUAUCUGACGCCAAAACAUACAAUGACCUCCAUCGGGUUACUUCUGGGCCUGGCAGCAUCUUACAUGGGCACAAUGGAUUCGCUGAUUACUCGUCUACUUUCCGUUCAUGCCACAAGGAUGUUGCCUCGUGGAGCAGCAGAAUUGAAUCUGUCCCCUCUGACGCAGACUUCGGGUAUAAUGGGCAUCGGUUUGCUAUAUGCCAACAGUCAGCAUCGGCGAAUGAGUGAAAUUAUGCUCUCUGAGAUUGAGCAUAUUGACGAAGAGGAUGAAGAAGAGCCCCUGAGAAGCGAAUGCUACCGACUGGCGGCUGGAUUUGCUCUUGGAUUCAUCAACCUGGGCAAAGGCAAUGAUCUUAAGGGAUUGCAUGACAUGAGACUCACAGAGAAGCUCAUUUCUCAUGCUACAACAACCAAGAACAUUGAAAUAGUUCAUAUUCUGGAUCGAGCAGCUGCUGGCGCUGUCAUGGCCCUGGCUCUCAUUUACAUGAAGUCAGAAGAUCAGAUCGUCGCGCGUAAGAUCGACAUACCCAACUCGGUCUUGCAAUUUGAUUACAUUCGUCCUGAUAUUCUUCUCUUGCGGACCUUGACGAAGAACCUGAUCAUGUGGUCCAAGAUUGAGCCGACAUUUGCUUGGAUUCGUAAGAACCUACCACGUCCUUAUCGUUCUCAGUUCAAGCUACAGUCAACGACAAAACUGCAGUCAACUGAUAUGGCAUUCCACAGCAUAGUGGCUGGUCUUUGCUUCUCUAUUGCACUGCGCUUCUCUGGCAGCGCAUCUCCCAAAGUUCGGGAUCUUCUACUUUAUUAUCUGGAUCAGUUCAUGCGUAUUGCACAGAUACCAUCCACUGCAAGCAUGCAUCCAAAUGGUACUCCACCAUAUGAUGAAGAACUAACACGGACCAAUGCACGCAUGUGUCAAGACAUCGUUGCCAUAUCUGCGUCCAUUGUCAUGGCCGGAACAGGUGACAUUCCUGUUCUACGUCGUCUUCGUGCACUUCAUGGUCGCGAUGAUCCUGAGACGCCCUAUGGUUCUCAUCUUGCGGCUCAUCUUGCGAUCGGCGCUUUGUUCUUGGGAUGCGGGACGGCAACUUUUGGCACCAGCAACCUUGCUAUUGCUUCUCUAUUGGUUGCAUUUUACCCUAUUUUCCCUACGAGUGUUAUGGACAAUCGAUCCCAUCUCCAAGCUCUUCGCCAUUUCUGGGUUCUAGCUACAGAGCAGCGGUGUCUGGUUACAAAAGAUGUUCUUACUGGACAACCGAUCACUGUUCCUGUCCAAAUCAGGAUGCGCAAGAACACCUCUACUGAGCCGGUUCUGAAUCGCACGGCUCCUUGCAUCCUCCCACCAAUAGACCAGAUUGCUAGUCUAUCAACCACAUGUGGACCCCAGUUCUGGGAUGUGGAGCUUGACUUCUCUAACCCAGAGGUUAGAGCUGCUUUCCAAGACACCCAGAGCCUGUACCUCCGCAGGCGCCCACCGCGCGAAGGAGCGUUUGCUUCAACCCUGCGGGCACUUGGUAGGGAUGAGAAGGGUAAAGACCCUCUGGAAUGGGUCUUUGGACUUGAAGGUCUGCGUGGUAUUAGUUACGCCGAGCGAGCCAUAGUGCUCGAGCGAGGUGAUGACACUCAGCACUCAGGCAGUGCUGUUGAUGCCAGACUGGAGAUGGCGAAAGGCAUUGCCGAAGGCACAGAUCGGGAGCGUCUGGAGGGAGCCAGGUUGCUGUUCGAAUGGGCUUCUGUACGUGAUCGACUACGAGGUACCAACAUGUUCGACAGUCAAGAGACCAUCACAGAGUCACACGUACGUCGUGAAGUCGAACGGGAAGAUGAUCAAGAUGCUACAGUGGAGGAUGGGGGUGUUUGGUGGAUGCGAGACAGUGUCAUCGAGAACCUGAAAGGCAUGGUAUGGCUCGCAAGUCGUGAAGGCGAGCAUUGACAACUGGCUGUAGUGAGGCAACACGCACGUACAGCUUUGGACCAGUAUAGUUAUGAAAGUGCAUACUGUGGAUAGGGCAUUGUAGAGGAAAGGACCAGAUGUGGUUAUGAGCUACGAGAGUAACGAUAGACAAAAAUCUAGCUCGUAAUAAGGAGAGCUUCAUGGCUUUAAACCGUUUAUGAGGGUCUUCACAGAAAUAAUACAUCCCAGCUGAUGGGAGUGCUUGCUUUCAUUUCAACAAUCAACUUAAAUUCCAU